GGCUGCGGCGGCGGGGUGCAGACCGAUUCCCGUGCCCGCCGCGCCUGUUCGGGUCCGCGGAGGGCCGGCGCCAGCGGCCGGCAGGAUGGACCGCAGCCUGAGGAAUGUGCUCCUGGUCUCCCUGGGGUUCCUGCUCCUCUUCACGGCCUACGGGGGGCUGCAGAGCCUGCAGAGCAGCCUGUACGGCGAGCAGGGCCUGGGCGUGGCGGUGCUCAGCACCCUCUACGGCGCCAUGCUGCUGUCCUCCAUGUUCCUGCCGCCUCUGCUCAUCCGGAUGCUGGGCUGCAAGUGGACCAUCGUCUCCGCCAUGAGCUGCUAUGUGACCUUCUCCCUGGGCAACUUCUACGCCAGCUGGUACACCUUGGUGCCCACCUCCAUCCUGCUGGGCCUCGGGGCAGCGCCGCUGUGGUCCGCGCAGGGCACCUACCUCACGACCGUGGGGAACGCCUACGCGGAGAAGGCGGGACAAAUGGGCAAAGACGUGGUGAACCGGUAUUUCGGCAUCUUCUUCCUCGUGUUCCAGUCGUCCGGCGUGUGGGGCAACCUCAUCUCCUCGCUGGUGUUCAGCCAGACACCCACGCAAGGCCCGGUCUCUGAGGAGCAGCUCGCGUCCUGCGGGGCCCGGGACUGCCUGAUGGCCACGGCACCCGGCAACAGCACCCAGCGCCCCUCCCAGUCGCUCAUCUACACCCUGCUGGGCAUCUACACAGGGAGCGGGGUCCUGGCGGUGCUGCUGGUGGCACUCCUCCUGGACCCCCUGAGAGACCCUCCACAGAGGACCGAAGGUGGGACACCCUCCAUCUGGUCCACCUUGAUGUCGACCUUCAGGCUCCUAAGAGACAGGCGCCUGCGCCUGCUGGUCCUGCUGCCGAUGUACAGCGGGUUCGAGCAGGCCUUCCUGGCCGGGGACUACACGCGGUCCUACGCCACCUGCGCCCUGGGCAUCCACUUUGUGGGCUACGUGAUGAUCUGCUUCUCGGCCACCAACUCGCUGUGCUCCGAGCUGUACGGGAAGGUGUCCCAGUACACGGGCAGGAUCCCCCUCUACGUGUUCGGCGCGGUCACCCAGCUGUCGUGCAUCAUCGCCCUGCUGCUGUGGAGACCGAGCCCCGACCAGCUGGCCGUGUUCUUCGUGUUUUCUGGCCUGUGGGGCGUGGCCGAUGCCGUGUGGCAGACACAGAAUAAUGCCCUGUAUGGAGUCCUCUUCGACAAGAACAAGGAGGCCGCCUUCGCCAACUACCGCCUCUGGGAGGCGCUGGGCUUCGUCGUGGCCUUCGGGUACAGCACCUUCCUGUGCGUCAGCGUCAAGCUCUACAUCCUCCUGGGCGUCCUGUGCGCGAGCAUGCUGGCCUACGGGGCCGUGGAGGUCCAGGAGGCCCGGAGCCGGGCCCCGCCCCUCGCGGCCGAAGCCCCGCCCGCGGAAGGCGGGGAGACGCAGACGAAGAUGUGACGGCCGCCACUCCCUGCAGGGGGCGGGGCGCCGGCGGGGGCGGGGCGCCUCCGAGGCGGUGGCUGAUUCUUCACCACCUUCUAAGCGAGAGGAGUCCAUUGGAAAGGCAUGAUGUAGUUUUUUUUAAUGUCGUUUUUUCCGAUUCUCUCAAAUGUGCAGCCCCCUCCUCAUUUGCAGAGGUGAAGAAUAUACAUGAAAAAAAUCCGUUAAUUUCAGGUGCAGAAGAAGAAAGUGUAGGGUUUGCUCAGCCCAGCGGAACUUGCUUGGGGGCACAGCACCAGCGGCCCAGACUCAGUUUUGUGGUCGCUGUUGUCCCCAGCCCGGAGCCUAGGUGAAGUGGCGCAGCCCAACUGCACGGUCCCACCAACCGACGUCCGCUCGUCGGCUGGCCAGCUGCCUCCGGGGCCGAGGGCACUGCAGCCAGGCUCGAGUGUGCGGGUUUGAACUUGCAGAGAGAGUGAGGGCCUCUAAAUAAACGCAGUGCUGCCGCGAACCUGC